UUGUCUUCGCCUCUGGAUUCACUUCAGCUGCCUGCAGCGGUGGUGGGAGAGACUCUAGUUACUGCAGCAGAGGAGUGGCAGCCACAGCGAUGACCAUGAGAGAAGACCCAGGCCAGAGCCGCGUGCGGGAUCCCGGGCACCAGUCUGUGGCCUCCUCCCCACCCCACCCGUGCUGCCCCAUCCGGCCCCCCAGUCCAGACCACAGUGGGCCUCCUUGCCCCCCACGCUCAGCCCGGCACCUCUCGUUCGCCCUCCUGCUCUGCCUGGUGCCCAGACUGGGCCUGGGUGACAUUGUGCCGCUGGUAGUGACAGAGCCCCCCAGGCCGCCGUCCCCGGGCCCGCAGGGGGACCUCCUGCUCCUGCUGGACAGCUCGUCCAGCGUGUCGUACUACGAGUUCUCCCGCAUGAAGGAGUUCGUGGGGGAGCUGGUGCGGCCGCUGCCGCUGGGCCCGGCGGCAGUGCAGGCCGGCCUGGUGCACAUCGCCACCCAGCCAGCCGCCGAGUUCCCUUUGGACAGGCACCGGUCGGGGGCGGCGGCGCAGCGGGCCAUCGGCGCCGCCCGCCAGCGCAUGGGCGACACCAACGCCGGCCAGGCCCUGGCCUUCGCCCGGGACCAGCUGUUCGACGGGGCGGCCGGCGGGGCCCGACCCCACGUGCCCAAGGUGCUCCUCUGGCUCACCGACGGAGGCUCCACCGACCCCGUGGCCCAGCCCAUGCAGGAGCUCAAGGACCAAGGGGUUGCCGUCUUCAUCGUCAGCACGGGCCGUGGGAACUACCUGGAGCUGGCCGCCGCCGCCAGCCCGCCCCCAGCCCGGCACCUGCACUUCGUGGACGUCGACGACCUGCCCAGCAUCACCCGACAACUGAGGGCCGACAUCCUCGAGGCGAUGCGGCCCCAGCAGCUCCAUGCCACAGAGAUCACCUCGAGCAGCUUCCGCCUGGUGUGGCCACCCCUCCUCUCCGACGCCUCCGACUAUUACGUGCUGGAGGUGACUCCCGACACCGACACCACGGCCAGACAGAGCUGGCAGCUGCCUGCCCACGACACCGAGAGGUUCCUGGAUGGCCUCCAGCCCACCACCACCUACCAGGUGACCCUGGUCCCCGAGUCGAACCUGCACUACCUGCCCCCGCAGACGGUCCUCGUCACCACACUGGACGAGGAAGUCAGCCCGGCCCAGAUCCACAUCUCCAACUCCACGUCCCAGGGGUUCCGCGUCGGCUGGGCCCCCACCCCGGCCGGGGUGCUCAAGUACCAGUUGCUGUACGGGCCCCUGCCCGGGAGUGGUGCCCAGGUCCUGGAGGUGCCCGGCACCCAGAACAGCACCGUGCUGGAGAACCUGGCCCCCAACACCACCUACUUGGUGACUGUGGUGGCCACCUACAGAUCGGGGAAGGAGAAGGCCCUCUCGGCCAAGGCCUGCACCCAGGAAGAGAGCAGCUCAGUGCGGGACCUGAGGUUGGAGAGCAUGGGGCUUGGCCGCCUGAAGGCGACGUGGGACUCGGCGUCCGGGGCCGUCCGGGGCUACCAGGUGCGGUGCCGGCGGCAGGCGGGCCCGUGGCUGUCGCUGAGCGUUUCUCCGUGGGUGCGCAGCGUGCUCCUGGCUGACUCCAACCUCGGCGCCGGCAGCAGAGUGUGCGUGACGCCCAUCUACGGGAGCCUGAAGGGCCGCGGCCGGUGUCGCAACGUCCGCACGUGGCUGGCUACUGAGGCACCCGGAUACCGCCCUGGCUAGCUCGCACCCCGGACAGGAGAGCAGGAGACGUAAGUGGUGGAUAAGAAGAGAAGAAGAAGGAAAAGGAGGACAAGGAGGAGGACAAGGAGGAGGAGGAGGAGGAGGAAACCGGAUGCCCAUGUCAUGGGCGGGGCCAGGCCCACCCCCCGCAUCCCUCCCCACCACCAUCUGAAAGACGCCCGCCAAACUUGGCUUGUUCAACGGCCCGCCCCCGCUGGCCCUCUGCUUUGGGAGGUCCCGGGUGUGAGUUCUGCCGGCUGAGCCCGUGUGGAAUACGUGUGGCAGUUGAUGGGCCGGCUGGCCACCCCGGACUGGAGCCUUGGAGACCGUGCCACCCCUUUGACCUUCCUGGACUUGCUCUCGCGGGGCAGGUUCCUUGUGGGUUUUCCUGGGGCUCCUGGUGUGGCCGCAUCACCCCUGGCAUGUUUACUUUUCCUCCCGAAGAUCUGACUCUCAGGGUUUCCUGGGCCGGGACUGUCUCCAUGUCCAAGCGACUACGUUACGGGAGAACCGGACUGCAGGACCGUAGUGAAAUGCAGAGCCCAAAAGCCCUUCUCCUAGCCAAGGGGCAAGUUCCUGGACCCCACUCCUCCUUCCAGGUUGGGAGCCACGGGCCGGCCGUCUGUCUGUCAUCUGUCUGGAGCCCAUAUCCACAGCACACACCAGGGUGAGGGGUGAAGGGGGUCAACACUUCUCAGAACUCCGAACGGUCGUUUCCUUCUCUACUUGCCCUGCCCCGUGCCCCUCAGCCCCGCGGUGCCCCCCAGCCCCAUGGGGUGAACCAGGAGGGCCGACGGCAGGAGGAACGAGUGCCCACCCCUCGCUGUCUUCUGUUCUCACUGCUGCCGGAGGCCCGCAAAGCCCACCCCUCCACACCCGUGCACGCACCCGACUGGCCACACGGGCAGUCCGUCCGUUGCAUGGUUUUCUCACAAGAAACUCGGGACUAAUGAAGUCCUUCAAUGUUGCUUUGUUCCCAAAUAAUGCAUCAAUCAGCGGAUUCCCAAUUACACUGAAUGAAACCUC